UGAAACCGAAAAGGUUACUUUAUACAAAAAAUACCUUAAGUUCGAAUGCCCUGCAGCCUCCUGUAGAAUUAAGCUGCUCUCCAUUGGCUCAAGCAUAGAUCUAGACAGAGUGCAAAUUAUCAUGGAAUCUAUGGGAUCUAAGUUGUCUCCAGGUGCUCAACAGCUCAUGGACAUGGUCCGAUGUCAGCAGAAGAACAGUUUACCUCUUGUAGACAAACUUAAUUGGAUCUUUGGGAAAAAUUCAGACUUUGGAGGUGACCGUGCAAUUGAUGGAUUGUGCAGUGCAGCUAAUCAGACAUCGCUAGAUCAAUCAGCCAGUGAACCUUUGCCUGUUAAAAAUGAUUUAAGUGAAACAGUAUAUGAAGACUUAAGAAUAAGUUGUGAUGUGAACACAGAGGUACCUGGAAGUGGGACUGCUUUGGAUUCUGAAAGACUUACUACCCAGCAAAAUACAGUUGACCUCAGAAGUUAUUUUAAAGUCAUGGGAUCUUUGCAUCCACAGGAGCAAGCAGGCGAAACCCCAAAUGUAGCUAAUCCACAGGUGCUUCUUCCUUUUCUUCAAAACUUAUGUAGUCAGGUAAAUCAUCUUCGUCUAAAAGAUGGUGAUAGGCACUUUGGUAAAAAAGCAGUGACUAAAGAGGAAGGCAUCCAGUGUGUUGGAGUAGAACAGCCUAUUUGCUCCUAUUUGGAGAAGAUCGUCUCAAAAAAUAUGGAUAUGAUGGAGAAAAAACUAAUGGACUAUAUUGAUCACCAAAUCCAGGCUCUUCAGGCACAUAUAGAUAAUAAAAUGGUUCUCUUAAUGGACUUGGUUCAGAACUCAAAGCCAAACAAAAUUUCACAAGCACACUAUGAUUCUAAUGAAGGGCUCUCUAAUGGAGAGAGAUAG